ACCCCACAAUAACAACACUCAGGCGAGGAAACAUUCAGCCUUAAUGAGCAGAUUCCUGGUAGAUGUCUCCCUGAUCCGGUUUAAAAGCAGGACUAAUGUUAUCUGGUUUUUCUUUAAGGUCCGGUUUAAAAAUGAAUAAAACUGGCUGUUCCUUACCAAGGUUCCCGAACAUCUGAAGGCUGGUGCAGGGCACACACAGAUUCUGAGAGAGGAGAGCGACCACUACCCGCAGUAGUCGUCCCAGUACAGUACAAUUUUUUGGUUCGUCAUAUUAAACUAAAAAAAAAAAAACACCACAAAAAAACAACAACCAACAGCUCCACUUUAAUUUCCCACAAAGUCAACAGCAACAAGCAUUGCAGGACGACCGUGGGCCAGGCCAGGCAGAAGCAGACACGAACCAUGGCGGUCAUCGCUAGAUGUGCAUGUUUGAUGUUCCUGCUGUUCGCUUCCAGCGUUCAUGGAGGAUGUAGGAGAGACAACUGGUGGGGAAGCUUCGACAGGGAAGGUUUGUCCAAAUGCAGCAAUACGGGCAAUGAAUACGUCAAAGGUUUCUAUAGGAAUGAUAGACGCAACCCCGAUCAAAUUUAUUUGCUAGAGGAGGCGGUCUGCUGUACCGCCCCAAGUCCAUACAGAGGAGACCACACACAGAUCUUUUACGCCAAUUGGUGGGGCAGUUUUGAUCUUAACAAUAACUGGAAUAACUGCCCUGCUGGAUACUUCUUACAGGGAUUCUACAGGACAAACGGACAUAGACUUGGAAAUAUAGAAGAAGGCCGUUGUAUGAAGCCAGCAUCACAUCCAUACCAUUAUGGCCACUGUUACGAUAAAGAUAUAGCAGCGUCAUUUGACAACAAAGGAGUCAGUGAAUGCGACAACGACUACUUCGUCACCGGUCUCUAUCGUGGAGGUUGUGAUCAAUUAUUAUGCAUCGAGAAAAUGAAGUGCUGCAAAAUGGCACCCCGGCCGGAUACAAUCAAUUCUCUGUCAAAAGCUAAGAUUAGAGUUAUGGACAAAACAAUGUCUGACAUUGCCACCCUGGCUCACUAUCUGGGCUACGGCUGGUGCGCAAGUUGCCGUGCUCCUUAUGUCGGUGAAGAUUUUCGUCGACAAGGCGACACUUGGCACGCCGACACAAGAGGACCUUGUUCCGGGUAUAUGAACAAUCAACGUCUAAGUAUGAACUACGGACAUUGGAAAUUCUCCAUCAAAAGUAUGACUUUCGGCACCCCAGUGCUACAAAGUUUGCAGCCGGAGACAAUGGACACUGGUGUCGUGGACAAUGGGUUUCCCUACGAUGCCACGCAUGUCAUAACGCGCUCUACUGACGUCACUCGUAGCGUAACCCACACUGUGACCUCGGAUUGGCGGCGAUCACAGGAGCUGGGCGUCACUUUUGGUUACACCCCUGGCCUGGUGGGAGGUGUCUCCGCCAGCGCCGACUACAGAUUCGCGUACGAGACGUCUUCCUCCACGUCCGAUUCCUCUGGCCAGUCACAGACAGAGUCGUUCCGAGUGGAGGAGUCCGUCACAGUACCCGCCUACAACGCUGCUAAUUUUACGCUCACUAUAUCCAAAACUCGAAGAACUUUGCCUUACACAGCAAAAAUCCUAAUUCACUUUUCCACAGAGCUCAGAGGGUUCUUGAGAUGGGGAGGAGGCCCCGGUGGAAGAUUAACAAAUUAUCAUUACCAACACACAGGCAGUGGGAGCCGACCAACAGUUAAUUACAGGUUUGGAGAUGCCAGUGUACCCUUUUACGAAGCCGUGAAGGAGCAGAGCGACUCUAUCCAGCGCCCGUGGUUGUGGGCAAACAUGAAACAACGGUAUGGUUCCGCACAGAACUUGAUAAACAGCCUCGCCCGGGAGGGACGCUAUGAGUUUACACUAACAGGCAAGUUUGACGAAGUGGCUGGUAAAGACAUACGGAUAGAAUGGGGAGACAUGUAUCCUAUGCCGGGAAGACAUAGGAGGUCUGCGCGAGCGCACGCCGCAGUCUCUGCCAGUGUCAGUGGCACGGCUCCCCACAAUGUGGUCAUCCACGACGCCGAGGUUGAGGUCAAGAAAGUAGUAGCGACCGAGAAACCUGGAGAUCCGCCCAGUGAGUUCCCGCCACCUCCAGUAGUCGCACUCGACCCUGACUCAGUUAUUGACCUUCCCAAGGACAUCCCAUCGGACUAAUUUGUUCAGUUUUUAGUUCUAGUAAGCCCGUUACGGCAUUUGCAUCGCAAACAGGUCGUGUGCCAAAGAUUAGAUGUGUUGCUAAAGAUUGACAUAUGUAUGAAAGAGAAAGGAAAGAUAAGAGAGAUGUUUGAAAAGAAAGAAGGAGCAAACCACACCAGAGCACCCAUAAUAUGAUAUUGUGUAGUGAUGACAAAUUAUAAUUAUUGUAUCAUGUUUUUAUGUAUCCAGGCCAUUGUAAAUCGAAUCUCCUUGCUGGGAUCAACAAAAAUUAUUAAAAAUAUAAUGUCAUACAAUAUGAAA